GCUGCUGACUGGAGAGGUUCCUAUAAGGUGUCAGGAUGUCACCGUCUAUUUCUCCAUGGAGGAGUGGGAGUAUUUAGAAGGACACAAAGAUCUGUACAAGGACGCCAUGAUGGAGGAUCACCGGCCCCUCAAACCACCAGUUAAGGAAGAGAGACAACCACCAGAGAGAUGUCCCAGUCCUCGUUUUCCACAGGAUAAUAAAGUAGCUGAAGAAAAGGGUCUCAAGAUAGAGGAUCAUCGGCCCCUCACAUCACCAGUUAAGGAAGAGAGAAGAACACCGGAGAGAUGUCCCAGUCCUCUUCUUCCACAGGAUGGUUCAGAAGAACAUCACAAUGUCCCACAGGAUGAUCAGCUUUUGGAUCCGGGAAAAGAUCGGAACACUAUAUAUGUUACAGAGACAGAUGUGAUGGAUGAUGAGCAGAGAAUAGAGGACUUUCCUGCAGAUAACCGCCCAGAUGACAGUACCAGGAGUCAAGAGGAACAUGUGAUAUCUUCAGAUUUCAAAGCAGAUGAUUGUGGCAUCACACAAGAUGCAUAUGAAGAGCAUGCUGUUAACCUAAAUGUAUCCUCCAUCCUCCACAACAAGGAUAUAUUAUGUAAAGCUUUUAAGAAAGUUCAGUCUUCUGAUUCAUCACGGACUUUAACAAAGAAGAAAAGUCACAGAAGGGGUGAUAAUCGUGAAAGACUGCACAUGAAGGAGAGGACAUUUUCAUGCUCAGAAUGUGGCAGAUGUUUUUACCAUACAUCAGAAUUUCUUAAACACAAGAGAAUUCACACAGGAGAGAAGCCGUUUUCAUGUACGGAAUGUGGAAAAUGUUUUACUUUAAAAAAAACUCUGGUUACACAUCAAAGAAUUCACACAGGGGAGAAGCCGUAUUCAUGUUCUGAAUGCGGAAAAUGUUUUGCUUGGAAUUCAAAUUUUAUUAUACAUAUGAGAAAACACACAGGGGAGAAGCCGUUUUUAUGUCCGUAUUGUGGCAAACGUUUUAACAAGAAAUCCGAUCUUGAUACACAUCAGAGGAGGCACACAGGGUCGAUGCAAUUUUCAUGUUCAGAAUGCGAUAAGUGUUUCAACCAGAAAUCAGAUCUUGUUAGACAUCAGAGAAUUCACACAGGGGAGAAGCCAUUUGCAUGUCCAGAAUGUGGGAAAUGCUUUACGCAAAAAUCAAUCCUUAAUAACCACCACAGAACACACACAGGGGAGAAGCCAUUUGAAUGUUUAGAAUGUGGCAAUCAUUUUAGGUAUAAAUCCACUCUUCUUAGUCAUCAGAGAACUCACACAGGGGAGAAGCCAUUUUCAUGCCCAGAAUGUGGGAAAUGUUUUAACCAGAAAUCAGAUCUUGUUGUUCAUCAGAGAAGUCACACAGAGGAGAAGCCAUAUUCAUGUUCAGAAUCUAGAUAUGCGUCUUCUCUGGUCAAUUCGUACUGCUGGAUCUACUGGGAGAAAGAUCUGUACAAGGACAUCAUGAUGGAGGAUCACCGGCCCCUCACACCACCAGUUAAAGAAGAGAGAAGAACAAUGGAGAAAUGUCCUAGUCCUAUUCUUCCACAAGAUGGUUUAGAAGAACCUCACAAUGUCCCACAGGAUGAUCAGCUUUUGGAUCCGGGAAAAGAUCUGAACAUUAUAUAUGUUACAGAGCCAUAUGAGAUGGAUGCUGAGCAAAGUAUAGAGGACAUUCCUACAGGUAACCGCCCAGAUAACCAUACCAGGAGCCCAGAGGACCAUGUAAUAUCUUCAGAUUUUAAAGCAGAUGAUUAUGGCAUCACACAAGAUACAUAUGAAGAAAAUGCUGUUAUCCUAGAUGUAGCUUCCAUCCUCCACCGCAAACAUCUGUUAUCUGAUGCUUUAAAAAAAGUUCAGUCUUCUGAUUCAUCAUGGACUUUAACACAUAAUAUAAGUCAGAGAAAGGGUAAUGGACAUGAAAGACUGCACAUAAAGGAGAGGCCAUUUCCAUGCCCAGAAUGUGGGAGAUGUUUUAACCAUAGAUCAGAUCUGGUUAAACACAAGAGAAUUCACACAGGAGAGAGGCCGUUUUCAUGUACAGAAUGUGGAAAAUGUUUCACUUUAAAGAAAACUCUGGUUACACAUCAGAGAAUUCACACAGGGGAGAAGCCGUAUUCAUGUUCUGAUUGCGGGAAACGUUUUGCUUGGAAUUCAGAUUUUGUUAUACAUAAGAGAAAACACACAGGAGAGAAACCAUUUUCAUGUCCGUAUUGUGGGAAACGUUUUAACAAGAAAUUCGAUCUUGAUACACAUCAGAGAAGUCACACAGGGUCGAUGCUAUUUUCAUGUUCAGAAUGUGACAAGUGUUUCAACCAGAAAUCAGAUCUUGUUAGACAUCAGAGAAUUCACACAGGGGAAAAGCCAUUUUCCUGCCCAGUAUGUGGGAAAUGUUUUACGCAAAAAUCAACCCUUGAUAACCAUCAAAGAAUUCACACAGGAGAGAAGCCAUUUUCAUGUUUACAAUGUGGGAAUCAUUACAGUUCUAAAUCGACUCUUCUUAUUCAUCAGAGAGUUCACACAGGGGAGAAGCCGUUUUCAUGUUCAGAAUGUGGGAAAUGUUUUACUUGGAAAUCUGAUUUUGUCAGACAUCAGAGAAAUCACUCAGGGGCGAAGCCAUUUUUGUGUACAGAAUGUGGGAAGUACUUUGCACACAAAUCAUAUCUUCUUAAACAUCAGAAAACUCACAUGGGGCAGUAGCCAUUUUUUUAAGCUAAUUUUAUUGACAAAUCGACAAUUGAUAAAGUGAUGUCAUACAAGAGAGAGGGAAAGGAGCUACAAGCAUUAAAUGAAACUUCUGUAAUUACCAAUAAGCGUCUGUUAUCCAAAAAGCAAAUAGAAUCCAGAUAAUACACCUGUAUAUCCACCAUGUGCAGAAUAUAUUUCAUACUACAGUAAAUAACUGCAUCUAAAAGUUGUUCCAAAUCAUUACAAACAUUUGCUGUUACUUUCAAUUCCUGUUUGGGCCUAUCAUUCUUUAUAUGUUAAGUAGUUGCCUUAGAACCUAUGAAGUUGUGGGAAAGCUGGGAGGCAGUUUGGAGGAAAUUUAUCUUCCCCAUGUGCAAGUUUUCUGGUCUCGCGGUGCUCUUUCUGGGUACUCGGGUAGGCUUACCAGGGUUAUGCCUUGCACAUGUAAGGCAUUCCUGUACAAAUUUUUCUCAGCCGUAUUCUGGGGCAAACUAGUUCUGUAAAACUAUAGCCCUUGAAGUCAUGGACCACUGACUGGGAUAGGGUGACCAUCAUGGAAAACAUACAGGGCAGACGGACCUUAGUGUGUAUACGCCAGGACCCUCCUUCUCCUUGUAUGGCACCUCCCUCUGUCCACACCUUUUUCCUUGUGAGGGGAUGUCUGGUUCUGGAGGGUCCGUAGCACUUCUACUUAUACUGUAGGCAGGGCCAGCCCCAGGUUCACGUGGACCCUUGGGCGAUAAAGCCUCAGUGGGCCCCCUUGUGGCAUUUUGCACAACACAUGGGGCAAGAAAACUGCAUGUAUUAUAUAUGGUGCCAAAUACAAUAGACAGAACACGCUACAGAGUGGAUAUAUUUGAAUCAAUCCUUAUGUCCCUACUUUUAUUUUAUCUACCCAGUGUUUUAAUCCCUCAUGUCUACUCACGGUAUUCUGUUUUUACUGUACACCCUCUAAAGAGAAACACAGACAUUGAAUAUGAAAAUAUUUUAUUUGGACAUACUGUAAAGACAAAAAAAAUUAGAAAAAGUACGAAAGGAAGUUAAUGCAGAACACUAUGAAAUGUCUUGUUGGAGUUCAUCUAUUGAUGGUUCAGAACUUUUUUGGCAGAAAGCAAAAGUGGUACUUUGUGUAAAUCAGUUAAAAUGUGUUUUUUCAGCUGCAAAAAUGUAUUACCUGAUUAAAAUCUACACAUUCUGCUUCUUGAGAUUCGAUUGAAAGAACCGCCAAUGCAUUUAAUCUGUCUUGCGACAUUUGGGACCUUAGGUAAUUUUUAAUUCGCUUCAAUUGACUGAAGCUCCUUUCAGCAGAUGCAACUGAUACAGUUAACAACAACUGCAAUGCCAAACAAGGUUUGGGAAUGCCAGAUUAAGUGAGUGGGAGAAUAUACUGUAUACUUUAAAGUCUCCAGUGGGCGUAGAUGUUCAGGUAACAUCCUAGCCAGUGUCUUGAUCUCCUCAAGCAUAACUUCUCCAUCAACUGCUGGGUCAGAGAAUUUUAAACACUGGAGCUGUAAGUUAGACAAGUCAGCGGCUUCUUUCUUAAUGUCCUAUAGAAAUCCAAACUUGUCUGUAAAUGUUUGCAAAAAAUGGAACCUUAUUUCAAUUUCACCAAGGACAGUUUCAAGCAGAAGCUUGAAGAAUAUUUCUUCAAAUUCUUGUCUUGCAUCUAAAAAUGAUGUUCCACUUGCCUGCUGGCAUGCUGGUUCUUGACAGUUUUGGUCACUGCAUUGCCGAGUUUUCUUUCUAACCCUGUGUGUCGGGUAUUCAGUAGGUAUAUCCAGCUUUUCCCAAAUACCUGAUGCCUUACAUUCAGCUUGAUACCUUGUAUUCUUUAAAAGUUGUGGUAAUAGGUUUUACAAGUGGAAUAACACUUGAAACACUUUGUUUGUACAGCCAGGGUAAUUUGUUUGACCUGGAGGAGAAUGUCAUACCAUACCCAUAAAGAGACAACAAAGGGGUAUGUGCAUAUGGAAUCAAAUAAAAUCUUUGCUUCACUGUAUGUGUCACUGGAAUAUUGGGUACCAUGUAAAAAACUGAUUCAAGGCGAGCACACCAUCGUGUCUGAGACAGAGCUUUAAGUGUCAGAUGUGACAAAUGCUCUGAAGCCACUUCCCACCUCUUAGUUGCUCCAGAGAAGAAGACAUAAAUGCGAUUCAACAGAUCAUAAAAAUGUUUUGCUUGGCUUGAGCUCUUUGAAGCAUGCACUAUUACGAGAUUCCAGUUAUGUGGAGAACAUGGUGCAAAGAAGGCAUGAGGAUUUUUUUCUAAAACAAUUGCCUUAACUCCUUUGUAUUGUCCCCUCAUAUUAGUACCAUUGUCAUAGCACUGACCUCGAAGGUUUGACACACACAGUCCAUGUUGUUCUGUCAGUCUUUCCAAAACAACACUUGC